GCUAAGGCCAGUUAAUGCUGUUAAUGAGUCACAAGAGGUGAGCAUUUCUGGCGGAUUUCCUAGCGGUUUUCUUCAGGAUUUAGCAUUCACCUGAGGAGAAAAAAAUGGCAGAGAGCUUUACGAACACAGAGUUAAUUCUCUGGAUGACUGUCUUCUCUCUUGAAAGCUUAGCAAUAAUUGUGGGAAAUACCAUCAGCAUCGUUGUUUUUUGGAAACAAAGAUCAACGCUGAAGCGAACUAGCUAUCUUUUGAUAAACCUCUCCGUCGCUGAUCUGAUGGUUGGUGUUGGUGUCAUUAAUGAUAUUGUGUGUCUCCCCAUAAGAAAUAACGUGUGUCAGAUAUCUGAAAAGACAAAUUUAGUAGACGCAACUUGUGGCAUUGCAUCACUGUCGUUUUUAGUUCUCAUUGCUUUAGAAAGGCUUUAUGCCAUCGUAAGUCCUUUACGCCGCCGCACCACGAAAACAUCAACCUACUUCUACUUCAUUGGAGCAACCUGGAUUGUUUCAGCAAUGCUUAUCAUAACAACAUAUUCCAUUUUUUCUUACCUUUCACUUGACCAUAUACUUCAACCUGUGGUUAUAUCGACCUUUACAGCUUCUUGCUUGAUAAUUAUUUCCGUUGCCUACCUAACAAUAUUCAUUUAUUCCACAAAAGACGAUCCGAGAUUAGCGAUAAAUCGUCGGCAACAAAACAAGAAACUGGCAAAAACUCUUUUCAUUGUCACAUUGUUGUCAGUGAUGACUUGGAUUCCGCAUGGAGUAACUAAUGUUCUUCGCACCAUGACAGGAAAAAAGGAAGGAGAUGCGUAUUUGGCAGGACAGAUUUGUCGGUUGGCGAACUCUUUGGUUAAUCCAAUAAUAUACAGUUAUCGAAUGCCUGAGUUCCGGAAGACAUUGAGAAAUAUCUUUGCUUGUAAAGGGAAAAUUCGAGAAAGACAAUCGCAGCUAAGUCAGCUAGAAAAUACCAGCUGGGUUGAAGCUCCUCCCGUCUUGCUGUCGUUUAGCCGAUUGGAAGUCAGCGACCUCAGUCCGUCAUGAUCAACGACUGGAGGUAAAAAUACCACUGGGGAACAUUACUAGUAAGCAGUUAAUUCGAACAAUAAUUGCUCAUUUCCGUGCUGCCUUUGGCAAUUUGUGAAAACGAGUCAUUGUGCAAAACCAUUCAAGUGAAAAUGAGUUUCAAAUGCACGUUCAUUGUCGUGAGAGAAAUUCAUUUUUCAUCUGACGCUUUGCACGAGAACUUUAUUAAGAACAGAGGCUAAAGGCUUCUUAUACAGAGCUCUCUCGUGAAACUUGCCUCAAGCGCAAAUAUGGUAACAGUAGUGCAGCAGUGCCAAGGGUGGAAGCAGUUCCGAGGCGGCAAAAAACAUAAAGUGUUAAGGUAUAGGUCAUCCGUGGCAUGCAUCCUUGUAACUGUCUAUUAACCAAAUUAAAAAAAAAAAAAA